AUGAACGAACUUCGGGAACUCGAUGAAAUUCAACAACUCCAGGAUUUCGAGCCAAACCCUAUGACAAGGUCCAUAAGGGACCGCUUAGACCCCUUUAGAACCUGGAGUGAUAGGGGUUUUAGGCGCCGGUACCGUUUCUCGAAGGAUACUGUACGAUUCAUCAUUGAGGUGGUGCGUCCUGAUUUGCAAGCGAGUGAGUUCAACAAUGCGAUACCACCAGACUUGCAGGUGCUGAGUGCAUUGCGAUUUUUCGCCAAAGGCUCCUACCAAGACGACGCCUCCGAUAUUCACGGCUUUAGUCAGCCUACGCAAUCGCGGAUAGUGCGUAGAAUUUCAGUAGCCCUGGCCAGCAGGCGAGCUCAGUUUAUCAAGUUUCCCGUGCUCCCAGCUGAGCAAGAAGACGCAAAGACACAGUUCCUGAGGAAGUUUGGCUUCCCGUUCACCGUUGGCGUGAUAGAUUGCACGCAUAUUCGCAUUAAAAGCCCCGGUGGACAAGCUGCACAAAUGUACAUAAACAGAAAGGGGUACUACUCCCUGAACGUGCAGGCAAUACAUGGAGUUCUUCUUGGGGACAACGGUUAUGCAACAACAGAGCACCUGCUGACACCACUCCUGAGACCUCGAACUGAACGAGAAGAGCGAUUCAACGCCGCACACCGCAAAACUAGGCAGCUGAUUGAACGUGUCAUCGGGCAACUGAAGAACAAGUUCCGUUGCCUCAUAAGAAAACUUGAAGUCAGGCUGGAAACAGCAAAGGGUGUCAUAGUCGCUGUGUGUGUUCUCCACAACAUUGCAAAAACACACUAUGAUGAGGAAGACGAUACCUCGAGCAGCGAUGAUGACGGCAGUGACGAUGACAGCAGCGGUGAAAUCUACUCCCUCGCUGAUACAUCUGACACUGAAGAAUACCAAAUUCCUCCCCAAGGAAGCGGAUCAUCAUUCCGUUCCAAUUUCAUCGCAACCUAUUUUACCCACUGA